GCCCGGGCCAGGCCCAUCUCGGCGAGCCUGUGGGCGCCGGGCCUCAGCCGGCCACGCCGCCGCCACCUGCUGCUGCGUCCCCAGUGAGGGGGAAGGAGCAUCUCCGUGCCUCCCCCAUCCGCUUCCCGCCCGGCGCCGGCCCCCACCGGCCCGGGCCAGGCUGAGGCCACGUCUUCCCCGGGGCCCCCUCUCCAGCGCUGAGGGGGAGGCGGUGGGAGGGAGGAGCUCCGGCCGCAGCCGCCCGCCCUCCCCUCCCCUACGCUCCCCCUCCCCUCCCUUCCCUUCGGCUGCCGCAGCCCGGUUCGUGGCGCGCGUCAGCUUGGGCUCCCCGGAGCGAGUCGCUAGGUAACGGGGCUGGCUCCGCAGACCCGCGGCCGGGGAAGCCCGCGCGCGCCGUCAGCAGCCGCGCCGCGGGGCGCGGGCGGGGACGCACGGACCCUCCCGCAUCCCGGCCGCAGACCCCGACUCGCCCGCGGCCCCCCUCCCAGGAUGCCUUAACCGGCGCGGAUCGCCACCGCCCAGGUGCCCCUCCCUCGCAGGGACCCCGACGCCGCCGGCCCCCUCCUCCUUCCCAGCCGGUGCGCACCGCUCUGCGCGCGGCCGGGUGGGCGCCCCACCGCCGCGGUCACCGUCGCCGCCGAUCCUCCCGCCGAGCCCCUGCGCGGGGCAUGAGGAGCCCCGGGGCGCCGCCCGGAGACGACCCGGCUGCGCGCACACCUCGCCAGCGGCGGACGGGGACAUGAGCGGCGCGCGCGGGGUUCGGCGCCCGGCGGCCAGCCCCAGCCGGCGGCGGCCAGCGGGUCAGCGCUGCCCGGGAGAAUGAGGCAGGAGCCCGCGGCAGCCGCCUCCUUCUUCUCCUCUUCCUUCUCCUCCUCCUCUUCGCCUUCCUUCGGCUCCGGAGCCUCGGGCCCGGGCCGGGCUGUGGCUCUGCUGCGUGCCCCGCGCGCCCCCCGCCCGCCUCCGGAUGCGCUGCUCGAUUCCUGCUCUGUGUACGCUGACCAGGCCUUUACGGAGAGUCCCCGCAGGCGGGAGGAUGACGGUACACAAGGUGUUCCUUGCCUUCAGCUGACCCCGAGACCGUCGGGAACCGUGUCGUGUAACCACCUGUAGCUCGUUAGAGUGGUCGGCGUGCCUGAGCAGAGGUUAGCCUGGGGCGGAAGAUAAAGACGUUUGCCACCAAGAUGGUAAUCACGAGUGGAAAUGAUGAGGACAGAGGAGGCCAGGAGAGAGAGAGUAAGGAAGAGAGCGUCUUGGCGAUGCUGGGGAUUAUCGGGACCAUUCUGAACCUGAUUGUUAUCAUAUUUGUAUACAUAUACACCACUCUGUGAAUGGCUCAGAGGGUGCUGAGGGGCCUCGGGGAUGGCCGAAUGACGGGAGUCCUGUGUGUCGGCAGGUGACUGAUCGGACGCUGCCGUGCAAGCGAGCAGGCCUGACCUACACACGCUGCUCAAGCAAAUGCACCUUCGAACUGUAGAAGAGGUCACAAAAACAAACCACUCCUGCUACAAAGAGCAGACACUAAAGCACAAUGAACCCAACAAAACUCAUUCACACGACAAGGAACUCAACGUCUUUGGCCCGGGGCCCGAAAGAACACUCAGAAGACCAGCCUUUGACGCCAUGGGUGAGCGGAUGGGUGCAGAAACUCCUCAUCCCAGAUCUCUGAUGGAUUUCACGCAUUGGAAAGGAGGAACAGGGCGGGCGAGGCUCGUCGGUGCGUCUCCUGGGACACGGGCUUCACCUUAACUCGACGACGAGCCGUUCGGGACGAGAAACCACAGGGGCAACCCUUUGACAGAAUCCCAUCCAUCAAAAGUGGCUAACUAUUUGAUACUGGGGAGAUAACUUAUUUUUCUUUUUUCAUUGGCUUGACGUGUGUAUCUGUUCAUAUCAACGUUUAUAAAUAUAUAUUUUUAAUAAAUGUGCUCUAUUUUUUAGCAUGAACCAAAUAUUUGGAGAGGCGCUCCUCGAGUCCUCGAGCUUUCGUUGGUUUUAUCUGCUUCGCCCUGUAGACUGCAGGUGUUGUGUGGUAUAGCCAUUCUAGUCCUGCUUCGAACAUCUUGAAUCUUUUCCCUUCCCCCCCCCCCCCCAUUUCUCUCUCUCUCUCUCUCUCUCUCUCUCUUUGGUCUGGAGGACAUUUUUCCAUAGUACCAGCCCUGGUCCUGGUGGAUGCAUGUUUUAAGAUUGUCCGUUGAGCGGCUUUUUGUUGUUAUAUGGGAGAUCUAAAACGAUUGUGGGCAUGUGGACCUUAGUCGUACCAUAUCCUUACUGAGAAUUUUGCAUGAGCAAGGACUGAGCGAUAGAUCAGCUUCGAAGAAACGUAAAAAGGACUGUCAUUGAAGAGGAGAGGGCAGCUACGUUCACAGAUCAACUCUAGGACGGAAUCAUCGGCUUCUUAUUGCCAGCAUUAUUUUUUCAUUCUGGUGACAUUGAUCAGAUUUUUAUUUUAGUGGCCACAUACCGUGCACGUUAGGGAGAACGAGGAGGGAAGGCCAGCACAGGGGCAUAAUUCCUUCCUUAGUUAGCGAGCUGCCUGGGACCUUUUUCAAAGGAGGUGGGGUGUAAAUGGCACGUGGGCUGUCCAGCAUGAGAGCUCACGUGGCUCUUUCGGGCUCUGCAAGGACACCCCCAUGACAGGUGACUUUUUAAGGGCACUAGAAGGGGAUGCAAUGAUCACCCUAAAAGAUUGCUGUGCUUCUUAAAGCUCCUGGUUUACAGCCACACAAAGCUACUUCCUCCCUGGUAGGGAUGGGUGAAUAUAUACAAAUUUGCCCUCUGCUCCUGGCUCCCUGAGAAGGGCCUUUGCCUGGCUGUGGCGACAUACCCUGACAAAGAGGGUCACGGUUCCUUUUGCCGGUGCCAGACUUGCCCGUGGAUGAAAGAAGCAGCAGCUCACCUAGUUGGGUUCAAAUGAUGCCCAGGAGGUCGCUACCGCCAGAUCUCUCCCUCCCCUUGUUGUGGUGUCUGAAAUUCCACCAUUAGAGAGUCACUUCUUGUGCUCUUUUAAGGGACCAGGUUCUUUUAUAAAGCAGAUGCCCCCGAGCACCUGACUCUGACAGUAUUCAUCAGGUGUCUUCUCUUCCCUCCCAGAAGGAAGUAGACAUGCAUUUAGGGCACACUGUGUGCCAGAGACUUUAUAUUCCUUAGGUCACUGAAAUCCCCCUAUAACCCUGUAAUCCCCCUGCGAGAUGGGAGGGGCUCUUUUCCCACCAUUUGUAGAAGAAAGAGCUCCGAGAGAUCAGGAAACUUCCCCGAGAUCAUGUGGCUGAAUCUGCCCGGAUCUGCCCGAUUCCUUAGCCCAGUGAGGGCUGCGGGGCUGCUGGAGAGAGAGAUGAUGCACAGGAGGGGAAGACGCAGGAAAGAAAGGGCCCUCAGGGUCAUUCACAAACCCGAUGGCUUUGUGAAAGUCCAGUUCUGCACAUCUCACCCCCCCCUUCCUCCAUAAAAAUAAAUAACCCUUGGGAACUCCUUGGACACUGGCAGAAUAUCAUACAAGUAAGGACGAGGGACAAGAGGAGGCUGGUUGGGAAUAAAAUGGGCUGUCAGGGGGAGGGAGCCAUCUACCAGGUUGUGUGUGAUUCUGGAAAGACUGUAUGAAAAUUCUGAACAGUGAACAGAGUAAACAAUAAAGGUGCAAUGGAUUAAAAAAAA